UACCUGACACGUCUGGUCAGUCCUUUAAAUUAACAUGAUCCUUCGAUCGUGAUUUUUUUGCUGCGCUUGGCACAAAAAGUUAUGGUGAACAAGCUGAAGAUUUUAGCUGGCUAAAAUAUUAAAAUAGAUAUUUUAACUAUGGAAGUAGCAGCAAAAUUUGAAAUGGCGGCGGCCAUAGACUUUGGAACAACCUACAGUGGUUAUGGUUAUUCAUAUCGUUACGACAAAGAUAAAAUUCACGUUAAUUCGAACUGGUCAAGUGGCUCAGCGCUUUGGAAAGUCCCCACAGCUAUUUUGUUUGACGAUCAGCUGAAAUUUAUGGCGUUUGGCGAAGAUGCAGAAAACAAGUAUAGUGAAUUUGCUGAAAGUGAAGAGGAGCACAAAUAUUAUUAUUUUCACCGCUUUAAGAUGAUGCUUUAUAGUGAACAGAACGUUACUAGGGACCUACAUUUGGUUGCAGCUAAUGGGAAAACCAUGAAAGCUAUUGAUGUGUUUAGUGGUGCGAUUAGCUAUUUAAAGAGUCAUUUAAUGAACUCAGUGAAUGAUCGCAAUUCAGGAAACAGAAUCACUGUUGAUAAAAUCCGCUGGGUGUUGACUGUACCAGCUAUUUGGAGUGAUGGUGCAAAGCAAUUUAUGAGAGAAGCAGCUGUAAAAUGUGGUAUACCAACAGAUGCGUUAAGUAUUGCAUUGGAACCAGAGUGUGCUUCUCUGUAUACCCAAUCACUGAAAGAUGCACAGAUUGUUGAUUUUGCAAAAGCGGGUACUAAAUACAUGGUGCUUGACAAUGGAGGAGGAACCAUCGACGUCACAGUUCACCAAAUCUUAGGAAGCGGUGGCGUUAAAGAGUUAUACAAGGCUACUGGCGGUGCAUGGGGCGGUACCAAAGUUGAUAUUUUAUUUGAAGAAUAUUUGACCACAAUGUUUUCGAAGCGAGUCAUUGACAAAGUUAAGAAAGAUUUUCCCUCUGAUUGGGUUGAUAUGAUGCGAGACUUUGAGAAAAUAAAACGUAGCAUUAAUCGCGAGAACGCUAAUGACUUCGUUCUCUUCUUUUUGAAACCGUCCGUACGUGAAGUAUAUCAAGAUCUGAUUGGUGUAAACCUGGUCGAAGCUUUCCGAAACAAUAUUAGCAGUCGUGGCGCAUCAAUGAGAGGUUCGAGUAGGUUGCAGAUUCCAAGGCGUAAUAUAACAGAAAUGAUUGAGAACGUUUCGAAAACAGUAAAAGGUCAUGCUUCAUUCCUGCUACAACAGCCGGAAGUAAGAGGGUUAGACUUUAUCAACAUGGUGGGAGGAUUUUCAAACUCGAAAAUAUUAGUAGAUCAAAUCAAGUCGCUCGUAGGCAGGAUACCAGUGAUUGUGCCAGAGGAGGCCGAGCUAGCAGUCGUUAAAGGCGCCGUCAUUUUCGGAUGGAAACCUAAUUAUAUAACUAGCCGUCGUAGCAAAAAAACAUACGGCAUUUCCAUGGUUUCGGACUUCAAAGCGUCUGUCGAUCCCUUAAGGCUUAAGUUUCUGGACGACGAUGGUGUCGUGAAAUGCAAAAUGAUUUUUGACAGAUUAGUUUCAGUUAACCAGGAUAUCGGUGUCGGUCAGAAAGUAAGUCGUAACUAUUUCCCAGUUUACAACAACCAAUCAGAAAUGAACAUUGUUUUGUAUGCCAGCGAUAACGGCAAUGUUAGAUACUGUGACGAAGAAGGCGUGAUAAAAGUCGGUUGUUUAGUCGUUCCAAUGCCCGAUGCAAAAGGCAACAAAAAUCGAAAAGUAGCAGUUGAUGUACAGUUUGGUAAUACGGAAUUCCGAGUGGACGGACGUGACCUUACGAGCGGGAAGAUCGUGAACGCUAGUUACGAUUUCUUAUUAAAUUAUUAGAAUGAUGAAUGACGACUACGCUAAAUCAAACUUUUUCGAUAAUGUGUUCGCAUAGUGCAUUUUAUGCUUCAUAUCCAAUGGAAAGGACUUUUGCUUGUCAAAUUUUGCAGCGAGAAUUAUUACUUCAACAUACGAACGAACAGGAGCUAUAUGUCAAUUUAUAACUUCCUUUAAAGAGCUUAUUGUGCUUUGAUCGACAGUUUUAUUGGUUGAACUUCUAAAGUUCGGAAGCUUCGACCACAGUUUUUGAAAUUGUCUCAAGGUUUCCAUAGAACCUGGACAAUGUUUCGAAAGAGUAUAUUUUCUCAGAAGCAGCCAUUGUGUUGUUUUUGGUGUUCUUCUUCACUGUUUCAAGUAAAGUUAUCUAAUAGAAUUUCGUUGAUAGGUUAGGGAAGAGUUAAUGUUCUGUCAGGAAAAAUCUUUACAUUAACGUGAUUUUAAUUUGAGUAGGCUGCAUACAAGUCGAUUUUUUUCAUUUAAACCUCCUUUGUGAACGAGUGUCACCAUUUACUGCACCUUUAAAUUGACCACAAAGUAAGAUGGCAGGACAUUCUCGACUAAUUAAAUUGCAAAAAUGAUUUCGGGCUCAUUGUGGUAAUAUAUUUCUUUCUUUCAAAUUUAAGCCUGUGUGAGAACUGCUUAUCAGUUAAUGUAGUAAAAUGUUCAUAAUUCCAAUUGUUGAUAGACACCCUUUGUUGUUAAAAUGUUAUGGCUGUUAAUGUAAAUAUAUUUUUGAAAUAUAAACAUGCAUUUUUUGUUGAAGCGCUUUAUCAUAGUUUUUAAAUGUACGCAUGUUCUAUCGACUCCAUACGUUGCAUACACUAAGUAUUGGCAAAAUUGUAAUUUGAUUUGUACGAGUUUGUGUUUGUAUAUAUGUCAUAUCUAAAUAUAUUUUACUUUAUCGACAAAA